GAGAAAUGAACUUGGGAGGGCAGCAAGAGAGUCUCUCGCGCAUCUGACACCUCCAGGCUUCAACGCUGAUUGGCUCUCAUUUGAAGGAGCUCAUGGGUUCAUUCAACCAUUAAGCGCCUCCCAGUUCCUCUAAAGGACAUUAUAAUGCAAGGAACCUCCUUUUUAACCACAAACCGAAUUUGCUUUCAUUUAGGCCAUAUAUAUUUUUUAAAUAGUUUAAAGUCAUAGAGAUUUUUUUGGGAAAGCAUUUCGCCCUGGAGCGGUGCGCGAUGCUUUCGCACGCCGACCUGCUGGAUGCUCGCCUCGGUGAGUUAUCAACGCCAAACUCCGGUCUGCAACUCUACUGGAUGAAGGAUGCCGCGGCCGAGCUUCUGGGUCACAGGGAGGCAUUGAAAUGCAGGCUGGGCGGCGGCGGAACUGACCCGGGCCACCCCGGAGAACUCGCCCCGGUCUCCGAUGCAGUGGAAGGGGCCACCCUUCUCCCCGGAGACGAUAUCAACAGUGCUGGAUCCAAUCCGCCGGGUGUAGCGGUGAACAGUAAGGAUCAGGAGAAGCAACAGCAGCAGCAACAGAACCCCAGCCAGUCCGGCGGCCAGCAGAGUCAGAAACAGAAACGGCACCGGACUCGCUUUACUCCGGCUCAGCUUAACGAGCUGGAACGCAGCUUCGCCAAAACCCACUAUCCGGACAUCUUCAUGCGCGAGGAGCUCGCGCUGCGGAUCGGCCUGACGGAAUCACGCGUGCAGGUUUGGUUUCAGAACCGACGCGCCAAAUGGAAGAAGCGCAAGAAGACCACCAACGUGUUUCGCACUCCCGGCACUUUGCUGCCCACUCACCACGGCCUACCGCAGUUCCCCUCCGCCGCGGCGGCCGCGGCAGCCAUGGGCGACAGCCUGUGCUCUUUUCACGCUAAUGACACCCGCUGGGCGGCGGCCGGGAUGCCGGGAGUCUCCCAGCUGCAGUUACCGCCCGCCCUAGGCCGACAACAAGCCAUGGCACAGUCUCUAUCCCAGUGCAGCCUGGGCGCCGGACCGCCGCACAACUCCAUGAGCCUGUCCAACAUGUCCUCCAACGGCUCCGGCCUCCAGUCCCACCUCUACCAACCCACCUUCCCCGGCAUGGUGUCCGCGUCGCUCUCUGGCCCCACCAACGUGACCGGCUCGCCUCAGCUGUGUAGCUCCCCGGACACUGACGUCUGGAGAGGGACGAGCAUCGCGUCCCUGCGCCGCAAAGCGCUGGAGCACACAGUGUCCAUGAGUUUCACCUAAUACUUUGACGUGUUUCUCGUCCACCCAUCAUUUCUGGCCCAGUGACGCACAAGGAAGUCUAAGGAUAGGCCUACGACUGUCCUGUAGUAAACAUGAACUGUGCGCACCUGAUGGAAAUAAAACCUAAAGCAUCAUAGGCUGAAAAAAACGAAAUGUAUUUAUUUAUUAUGUCCUAUUUAUUUAAUAAUUGAAUCUUUAUUUAUUAGCACUUUCGUUUUGCAAAUUCAAAAAUGUCAACAAGCUGGACAGAAAACAAUCUGCACAUUUGCAAUUUGAGAAACAAGGCGAGAGACGGUGCACUCGUUUUUAUUAUUAUGAUCAUCAUCAUUAUUAUUAUGGAAGAAAUCGUUCAAAUUUUAGGACACUUUUAUGAAUCGGUGGAAGAAAGAAAGGAAAAUAUCUCAAAAAGAAUUAAGAAACUUGACUGCAUGUGCCGACCAGGGUAAACAACAACACAACAACAACAACAACGGGGAAAUGUCAUUUAAAAGAAAAGUAUGACUUUGUUAUAUGCUGUUAUAUAUAGGAUGUUUUGUGUAGAUGAAGCAUUCUUAACUUGUUCCCAUUCGGUCAGUUUGUGAUAUGUUCUAAGUUCAUGUAUGUGCUUAUACCAAUAUACAUUACUUAAAUGUUUGAUCUUAUUCUU